AUGCACUCCUCUGUAGCUGAAGAGUCCCCUGUGUCCCGCCUGGUCCGAGAGGGGAAACAUAAUGUUAAGGUGCACCUUGGGUAUCAAGCAUUGUGGCUUAGCAUCACCUUGCAAAGACAGGCACUUUCAAGUGGGAAAGCCUUCCUUUGUCUUUUUCACUUAGUUUUUCCCCAUAUUAAUCCUGUUGAUAACUGCCCCACCCCAGUCUAUCAGGUGUUUGAGAGUGUAGCCAAGAAGUAUGAUGUGAUGAAUGACAUGAUGAGUCUCGGCAUCCAUCGUGCUUGGAAAGAUUUGCUGAUCAAGAAAAUGCACCCAUUGCCGGGGACCCAACUGCUCGAUGUGGCUGGCGGCACAGGUGACAUUGCAUUCCGGUUCCUUAGGUAUGUUCAGGCACAGCAUCAGAGGAAACGGAAGAGGCAGUUAAGGGCUCAGCAAAAUUUAUCCUGGGAAGAAAUUGCCAAAAAGUACCAGAAUGAAGAGGAUCCCUUGGGUGGUUCGCUUGUCAUAGUCUGUGACAUCAACAGGGAGAUGCUAAAGGUUGGACAGCAGAAAGCCUUGGACCAGGGACACAGGGCAGGACUUGAAUGGGUACUGGGAGAUGCUGAAGAACUGCCCUUUGAUGAUGACAAAUUUGAUGUGUACACCAUUGCUUUUGGGAUCCGGAAUGUCACGCACAUUGACCGGGCACUCCAAGAAGCCCAUCGCGUCCUAAAGCCAGGAGGACGGUUUCUCUGUCUGGAGUUUAGCCAAGUGAAUGAUCCUCUCAUAUCCAGGCUUUAUGAUCUGUACAGUUUCCAGGUCAUCCCUGUCAUUGGUGAGGUCAUUGCAGGAGACUGGAAGUCCUAUCAAUACCUUGUGGAAAGUAUUCGGAAGUUCCCAAAUCAGGAAGAGUUCAAGGAGAUGAUUGAAGAUGCAGGUUUUCAGAAGGUGACCUACGAAAGCCUGAGCACAGGGAUCGUGGCCAUUCAUUCUGGCUUUAAACUUUAGCUCCCUUCCUGUUGUACAGCAUGAACAGUCAUUUCUGCUGAGGAACUGGAAGAUGGUCUGUCUCCCUGGUGAGCCUGGCUGGGCAUCUAUUUCCCCUUAUGGCUGUAAAACCUCGGAUUCAUGCUCUGCAUUGACCAGUCUCAAAAAGGCAGAUACAAACCCUGCCAUUU